CUCGAUACAGGCAGCACAGAGCUAGGUGACGUUGAAGAGCGGCGAUGGACUUCGUUGCUGGAUGCAUCGGAGGUGCUGCUGGAGUCUUGGUUGGACACCCAUUUGACACAGUUAAGGUGAGACUGCAGGUCCAGAGUGUUGAUAAGCCUCUGUACCGUGGGACCUAUCACUGUUUCCAGUCCAUCAUACGGCAGGAGACGGUAUUUGGUUUGUACAAAGGCAUCGGAUCCCCCAUGAUGGGCCUUACAUUCAUCAAUGCUAUAGUGUUUGGUGUUCAGGGAAACACCAUGCGGUUGCUGGGACAGGACACCCCCAUGAACCAGUUCCUUGCUGGUGCAGCAGCAGGUGCCAUCCAGUGUGUCAUCUGCUGCCCCAUGGAGCUGGCUAAAACCCGCAUGCAAAUGCAGGGUACUGGGGAGAAGAAGUCUUCUAGGAAGUUGUACAAGAAUUCCCUGGACUGCUUGGCACGCAUCUACAAUCGGGAGGGUCUGCGGGGCGUAAACAGAGGCAUGGUCACGACAUUAAUCCGCGAGACACCUGGCUUUGGAGUGUAUUUCCUGGCCUAUGAUGUGAUGACGCGCAGCCUUGGCUGUGAGCCGGAUGACCGCUACAUGAUCCCCAAACUGCUGUUUGCAGGGGGCAUGGCUGGCAUUGCCUCCUGGCUUUCCACCUACCCUGUGGAUGUGAUCAAAUCGCGGCUGCAGGCAGACGGGGUGGGUGGAGUCAACCAGUACAGUGGCAUCGCUGACUGUGUGCGACAGAGUAUCAGGAGAGAGGGCUACAUGGUGUUCACACGAGGCCUCACCUCCACGCUGCUACGGGCGUUCCCUGUGAAUGCAACUACCUUUGCUACCGUCACCCUUAUCCUCAUGUACGCCCGGGGGGUGGAGGAGGGGCCUAAAGACUGUGAGCAGGCUCAGCCAAGCCACCACACACAGAUAAAGCAGCAGGCCCAACCCUCCAGCCUGUGACAGCACAGAGGUCUCAACCUGGGCACUUUACAGGAGCAUGGAUUAUAUAAACAUACAAACCCUUUAUAAAUGUCUGACUCAGUCUCACACCAGACCCCCCAUUUCCAAUUUUGAGAAAAAAAAACCUGGUUUAUAUAAACACGUGUUUUUACUUUCAUGUCAAAAAGGAAACGAAGGCAACUAUAUUUAUUUUUAGCUAUAAUUUAAGUUUUAGGUUUGCCACUGAAGAUGCAGACUUGUACAAGGGGAUGGUGUUACCUAUGAUAAGAUGGGGAAAAUGGAGCUAUGAGAUUCAUGAAAGUUUUGAACACAGCUUUUAUCUGUGAGAAUGAUCUUGUGUGACACUGAUUAUGACUUGUUACUGAGCCACAAAACUAAGGGUGUGGCUACAUGGUGUGUACAGUGUAGACACUGAAGGUUGAUCUAUCUUGAAAUGUGCAGUGUUUCGCUGCACCUGUAUAUAUCAUUGGUUUUAGUUCUGUUUUUAAAUGUCAAUUGGAGACAUUUCCCUGCCUUAUAAUAUGACAUUUUUUAUUUUGUUUAAGGAAGCUGAAGCACCUGUUUGUAGCUGAACUGUAUCCUCUGAGGAGCCAAGCAAGAGGGCGAUGGAAUGUAGCAUUUGAUAAGUACAAAGAACUUAUCACUUGUGUCUGCUUUCUAACCAAAUAACAUAUUGCAGCUAUAAUCUAAUCCUAACUAAAGCACUAUUACUCCAUACAGCACAUGUCAGUACAGAAAUCCACUGUUCUGAAUGUAUAGUGGGUCUAUGUGUGAAUCAGGAUGGUAGGUGGUGUUAGGUCUUGUUUGGUCUGUUUAGCAUGUUUGUUUUUUUUAAUAAUGUGAAGUGUUAUCAUUGUAACUGUACUACUGUAAUAAAGGCCUGAUCCAGAAGUGGAACAUGGCGCUACAUGUGGGUGUAGCACCACACUUGUUCCACUAUUUUACUUUAUUUUUGUAAAUUUUAGUUUUAAAAUAGCUUUUAAAGCUGCACAUUAUAUGAUUAUUGUAGGGUCAGAAAUGCAUGCUAGGUGGUCUCUCUUUAAAGUUUUAGAAAAAGUUAAAAUUGGGAGGGUCAGCAUUUAGGAUGGCCCUCAUUCCUUUUUCUCUCCCACAGACAGCACUUUUUUUUAACUGCCUAGAUACGCCUUCCCACAUUUCUGUUUGGAAGUCUUUAAUUAGUGAUGCCACUAAUUGAGAAUGCCAGCCCAGUUUAUCAUAUUUGCUGCCCAUAGGUGCUGCCUGAGCAAGCACAGCCCACCCAGGGGCUUGUUCUGAAUUUGGUUGACCAAUCACAACAGAGUGGGCCAGCUGACCAAUCAGAGCAGACUGUAGCUCAGACUGUAGGCCUGGCAAACUCGAUUCUUUUUAAGGAUUCAGGUUAUUCUGAGUCACUCACUAAACUGAUCCGGGUUGUGCGAGUCACUUGUCAGUAUUGAUCUCAUACUACUCAUAGCCGGCUUAUUCGUGCGAUUGACUGACUCAUGCGAGAACUCGUGAAUCAUCGAUAACUUGCUAGUCAUCAACAACUCACUAGUCAUCGAGGACUCUCGAGUUAGUCCCAUGGUCUGCGAGCUUGCAAUGUUUCCAGCUCUGAGUCUGUGGGUCGGGAAGUUCCUAUAACCUGUCUUGGACUGUCUCUCUGCUCACUCAGUCGCUUGAGAUGACUUGUGGAGUUGUUGUUGCCUAUGAAAUUGUAAGUCAUAAAGCUUUUGGCAGCUAAGAUGGCUAGGACUAGUAGUAGCUAGGGUUGCAAAAUUCUGGGAAUUUUCAAAGUUGGAAACUUUCCAUGGGAAUUAAUGGGAAUAAACUGGAUAUUUUUAAUAUUGAUUGUUAUAAUACUGUUAGUCUAUAACAGGGCUAAUACAUAACCCAUUGCUAUUAUUAACCUUUGUGUGUUAAUUGUAUAGCCCACUAACCAUAGUAAAUCAA